UCGCGUUCUGUGCUGUCCUAGAUAUAGUUAGGGAGGUAUGUACAGGGAGCAGCACAGUAGAAAUUAUGGCGGCAGAAUAAUAAAAAAUUUUUAUCCAUGCCGUGAAAGGAUACCUUGGAGCGAUACUUGUAAUAAUAACAUUUUAAGAACAGAUUACUAAUAAAAAUGCCACUUAUAAAUAAACUGGUGCGGUUCGCUCACCAAGAGGGCCACACGGAUGUUUGUUAUUACAACGGAGAGAAAGGAGGUUUAAUUUCAUGUGGGUUGGACGGUGAUGUCAGAACAUGGUUUCAUGUAACGGAUGAUGAUCCAGGAUCAACUUGUAUUUCAGAGCAAGCGACAGCUGUCAUAUCGAAGGAUGGGAAAAUAUAUGUUGGCACUGAUAAUACAGUACAAAUUCUUACAUAUCCUGAUUUAGAGAAACAGGGAAUCAUAACUAGAUUCUCAGCUUCUGUAUCAGCUUUAACGUCUGCGAAGAAUAGUAAGCUUAUAGUUUCAGCUGCGUGUGAUAUGAGGAUCAGAGUCACAAAUAUUGAAAAAUCAGAUACUAUAGAACUAAAUGGUCAUGAAGCACCAGUCUUAGGUAUAUCCUUAGAUCCUAAGGAGGUAUUUCUGGCAUCAUCUAGUGCCGACGGAACAAUCAGGGUAUGGGAUAUUAAGGAGAAAAAGGCAAUACAUAUCUGGAAUAAUGUCGUACCAAAGUGCAAUUCCUUCUUCAUGGCAAAAACAUAUUCUACGCCAUCUUUUCAUUCCGUGGAUGGCAGUGUACUUGCAUAUCCUCAUGAAAAGGACGUAGUUGUUACCGAAAGGUCUACAUGGAAAGAGUUGUUUAGAUUAAAAUGCUCUAAUUUAAGAGGGGAUCUUAGCAUCAGCAAAUUUUCUGAAUGUGCAACACGAUUGGCUGCUAGCUCAGUUUUUGGUGAAAUAGUUGUUUGGAAUUUUAAUACUCAAGCGCUACUUGGAUAUAUUGAACAUGAUAAUAAUACAAAGAUCACAGCUAUUGCUUGGAACUUGAAAAAACCAGAUGAAAUUGCAUUUACCGACAAAUCAGGACAACUGGGAUGCCUAACUAUUGUAGAUAACAGUGAGUUAGUGGAUGAAUUACUACCUGUACCGGUACCUAACGAAAAGGCACCUUCGUAUGAAUUAGAUGAUGACGAUGAUGGAGAAAAUGUGAUAUCAUUGAACAAGAUUAAAUCAUCGGUAGAAGAUGGUGACACAAGGAGUGACUUUGAUGCUGCUACAGAAGACCCACAAAAAGAAAUCAAAUCUUUAGCAAUAGACAUUAAUUUGCAGCAACCUUUUCAACCGGGAUCAUCUCCGGUUCAUUUAUUAUCUCGCUACAUGGUAUGGAAUGAAGUGGGAAUAGUAAAAUGUUUCGCAUCGGAGGAUGGAGAAGAAUCCAGUAUCGAGGUGGAGUUUCAUGAUUCCGCUGUCCAUCAUGCAAUACAUAUCAAUAAUUACCUACAGCACACAUUGGCUGCGUUGUCAACACAGGCUCUUGCACUAAGUUGUUCGGCAAAUGAUGGCCAACCGAGCAAGCUUGUCGUAGUGGUAUUGCAGGGCUGGGGUUCGGGAAACAAGGAAUGGUCGAUCGAUCUCCCAGAAGGGGAGCAUUCAUCGUGCCUUGCUGCUGGGAAUAAUUUUGUGGCAGUUGCAACCACCAGGCGAUUUUUAAGAUUGUACAUGAUUGGUGGUACUCAAAGAGAAAUAAUAGGUCUUCCUGGUCAAGUAGUUGCCAUGAAUGCACAUGGAAAUCAUCUCGUUGUUGCUUAUCACACUGGACUGGGUCUAUCUAAUGAUCAGUACAUGAAUUUAUUGUGGAUACGAAUUCAAGGAUCUACUCUACGCAGUCAAACCUUAAGUGUUCCUUUAUCGCCAUCGACAGAAUUAAUGUGGCUAGGCUUAUCGGACCUGGGCUCUCCGACAAUAAUGGAUGCCGAAGGGGUUCUUAAAAUCUACGACAGAAAAUCAUGUCUAUGGAGAGUAGCUUGUGACAUGGAUCGACAAAGUAAAGGAAAAUUAGACCACUUUUUCAUAAUUGGAGUCAGCGAAGCUGAACGGACAGUUCAUUGCAUUUUAUGUAAAGGAAGUCAUUACCCGCCAACAGUCCCACGACCUACGGUCAGCGAAAUAUCUUUGGUAAUUCCUCUUUGUGAGCCUGAAACGGAAAAGUCUACAAAGGAGGCAAUUUUAUGGCAAUUAGGAAGUGAUCCACUCGAUGAGAAGGAAACUGUACUGUCUCUCAUUGCACUCGCUUGCCGGAGUAAUGUGGAAUAUCGCGCUGUGGAGUUGUGUCAAGAAGUUGCAACUCAGAAAGUUAUCGAACUGGCAGUGAAGUACGCCGGACGAAUCAAUAGAAUGGCUCUAGCCAACAAGUUAGAAUCCAUCUUUGACAGUAAAAAUCAAAGCGAAGAAGAUGAAAUUGAACCGGCGGAGAAUAAAGAUGAUGGCUUCGCUGUCUGCGAUGAGAUCGAGGAAGUAGAAAACACUCCGGAGUUGAUUCUGACACCUACCACGAAAAAGCACACGGUUGAAAUUAAACCUUUAACCCCGACUGUAAGGAGGAACAAUCCCUUUCUGAAAACUGGAAGUGCUCCAAGAAACAAAAGUCUUAGUGAAUUGGACGCUUUGUUGGAACAGCCACAGAAAACAAAAAGCCCCGUGGUAGUCCCUUCUAAACCGAAACCAAAGAAAUCUCCGAGGAAGGAGUCCUUCGUUAGUUGGUACGCUAAGAAUAAGAAGAGCUUGCAAGAAGAAUUCCCUGAAUUGAGCUCCGCUGACUUAACGAAAGCCGCGCUAAAAAGGUUCAAAGAGGAGGGUCCAUCGAAAAAGCGAAAAUUGUCCAAUGGCGCAAACGAAGAAGAUAGUCAAGCUAAACGGCCAUCAAUUAAUAAACUCACAGACUUCAUCUGCAGAGACUCUGACUCUUAAUAGCAUUUUAAGUAUAAAUCGCGUAGGAACUUAUUUAUCAUGAACUUUUUCACGUUUGUAAAUUUUGUACGAUCAGUGCCAACAUUAUUACACAGUGACAGCUCACUUGCGUUACUUGCCACGUUCUACAAUUAACGUUUAAUUCCCAUAAACCGAAUUAUCGCAAAAAGGUGUAGAAUAAUGUACAUACAGACACACGAUCUAAGACAGGUAUCGUCGAUCACCUUUUUGAUAUAAUUAUGGGUCAACUUUUUCACGCGAUCAAUAAAGUAACAUUGAGAAGAU